AUGGCGCUGGCAAGUUUCCUAGACAGGGACGACUACACACAUGAGAUCAAGGGAAUCAGAUAUCCUCCAAUCGUCAACAAGGACAAUUUGGAAGCCAUGGCUAACUUUGACCUUCGAGAUGACGACAUUGCUAUAGUGACUUUUCCAAAAGCAGGUGCUGACACCUUGCUAGCUGUCUCAGAGUCUUACGUAUACGAAGACGUUGAUUCGCCACUAAAGAGUCCCAAACCCAGAGGUACAGGUGUUUGGCCGUCUGCUAAGAACGAGGCCCUGGAAAAGGCCAACAAGACCAAACCCACUAAAGAAGAGCCUCCUCCUCUUCCCCCACCCCGUAGAGUUGAUGAUGCUCUGUUCGCUGUCUCACAGCCUCACCUGUAUGAAGAUGUCGACGCGCCACCAAAGAGCCCCAUACCGACAGGUGCAGGUCCAAGGAAUUUUGCUAAGAACAAGACCAUUGUUACAGGGAACAAAAACAAAACUGUUAAAGAUGAGCCUCCCCCUCUACCCCCACCCCGUAAAGGCGAUUUAACCAUGCCAUCGGUUUCACAGCCUCACCUGUAUGAAGAUGAAGACGCGCCACCAAAGAGUCCCAAACCGACAGGUACAGGUCUAAGGCAGAUCGCUAAGAACAAGACCAUUGUUACGGAGAAUAAAAAUAUAUCUGUAAAAGAUGAGCCUCCCCCUCUGCCCCCACCCCGUAAAGGCGAUUUAACCAUGUCAUCGGUUUCACAGCCUCACCUGUAUGAAGAUGUGGACGCACCACCAAAGAGCCCCAAGCCGACAGGUACAUGUCGAAGGCAGUUUACUAAGAACGAGGCCCAUGGAACAGGUAUCAAAAGCAAUCCCACUAAAGAAGAACCUCCCCCUCUCCCCCCACCCCGUAAAGGUACUGACGUCCUCCCAGCAGUUUCACAGCCUCAUGCACAUGUAGAUACACCACAAAAGCGCCCAAAACAGAAAGGUGCAGCUCUAAAGCAGUUUGCCAUGUCCCUUGGAACAGUUAUCAAAAACAAACCUCCUAAAGAUAAACUUCCCCCAGUCCCACCACAAGGCAAAUGUACUGAAGCCAGGUUUGAGAAGUCAGCAGGGGCUAAUGCCAACCUGCACGUCUAUGAAAAUAACGAAUUUGAAUAG